CUUUCAUCCUUUGCUGCCAUUCACUACAUUACCAUCACCCGGCUGCCAUCGCCAUCGCCAUCUACGUCUGUCUCCAUCAUCAAGUCCGCAGCCUAGUGUUACCGCCUUGCACAAAAUUGACGCCACGCACCAUCAUCAUCAUUCUCGGCCCCCACUUCUCCCUCGUCUCGUUGCGCGGCCCCUGCUGCUGAGCGCCGCUCCUCUCCGCCUACAAUGGCCCAAGGGGGAGCCUCCUCGUCCUCUUCAGGGCAUGCUUCCUCGUCCUCACCACCUGUGGCGCGCAGGAAUGCGACGGAAUCACGCUCACUCGAAGUGCGUGUGUGGUACACCCUUGAGUCAUCUCCACAUCGCAUGCUGGCGUCCUCUGGCAGAUCAAUCGACGUCGACCUGCUGCCCGCUCUGGAGCCCCUGCGGUCGUCGGACCCAAAAGGCAAGGCGCCUGAACGACCACCGCGUUUGGCUGAGGUUACGCUAAAGACUUGCUUGAGCGCCAUUUGCAUCUCGAGCCCUGAGCUCAUCCUCGACCGCAAGCGCGACUACAUCCUGUACGCCGUCGAUCCAGUCGAGACGUAUCGCUCGAGCUCACGACGCUCACGCACUGCAUCUGGCGGAUCACAAGAGCCCGUCUUCCGUGGCAAGGGCUUCUUUGGCUGGAUACUUGAGGAAGAGGGAAACGGAGACACAGUCGUGGUGGGCAAGGUCUCCGAGGUGGGGAGGAGACGAUCAGCCUCGUGGUCAGAGGAUGACAGCGAUGAGUAUGAUGAUACAGCGUAUCUCGAUGUCGAGAUCAGAAUGAAGGAGACGGAGGCACAGACGAGGGAACAAUUCUUUGCCAGGCUUGGACAGUUUGGAACCGCCAGCGCUGCCGGUGGGAGUGGGAGUGGAAGUGGGAAUGGCAGCCGUCCCACAUCGUCCACCCCUACUCCUGUCGCCACGACCUCUACGACGGUAAAGCGCAAGGUCAGGCCCAGCUCCAAGCAUGCGUCAUCGUCAUCAUCUUCGCGACCUCUGCCGGUACACAGUGCCUCGUCGCCCAUUCGCAAAGUCGCCACGUCCACCGUACGUGCAGCACCAGCGCCAUCGUCUGGACAAGCUCAGGCAUUGCAUGUCCUUCAGCUACUCCAGACGCUCCAAGCUCAGCAGCAGCAGCAACAACAGCUACAACAAGCUGCUACUCCAUCCGCAGCAUCGCCUUCUGCUGGCGCGCUCGAGGCGCUCCUCAAGAUGACGGGAGGUACUGCUGGCCUCCAGCGCACUACGUCGACUCCGAAUGCCUCCUCUCCUGCAACAACGACCAACGAGGUCGCAUCACCCUCCUCGCUUUUAACCACGGCCCUUGGCGAGGCGCUGAAAGCCGCCGGCAUCCCCUCACCAGCGCCCCUGAAGCCUGCCGAGCCGAAGCCCGUCGCCAAGCUCUCGCGAUCCAAAUCCACCUCAGCAGCAGCCGCUUCCUCAUCCACCUCCUCGGAGCAUGUUGAAUACCGCCGUUGCUACAACUGCGGAAUAAGGCAGCCGCAGUCGAGCGUCUGGCGUCUCCCUGUGCUUCUUGAGGGCACGAAAGUCGACGUUCCCGAAGCCUUCUCCCACGACCCUCAUCGAGGGCCCAACGGCAGCAAGUCCGAUGACCAGGACCUGACGCCCAAUGAGGAUGGUAUCGUGCUCGCGAAUGGACGCAGCACCUGGCGAGCAUGCAACCGUUGUGGCCUCUUCUAUACAAAGUGGAAGAAGAACAGGCCUGAAUCCGUCAAUCGUCGUACUCGCGAGGUCCUGCCGGGCGAGGCGAGCUCGCCUGCGCCACAAGCCGCAGCCACAUCGUCUCGCAAGCGUCCCUCGCCCGAAGCCGACGAGAUCGGUGAGACAAUUGCGAACAACAACGACAAUGAGGAGGAAGAGGACGCAACGCAGGACGAGAUCCUCGGCUCGUCCCCUCCUGGACCCAGCAGCAAACGUACGAAGCGCGAGUACGAUCGCGAGUUGAUCAAGGACAAACACGGCCAGUGGCGAUCGCGACGCUCCGUGAGGGAGAAUCCAGAGGGCAGGAAGUCUGGACGACCACAGGGAUGCAGGUCCGGGUCUGGAAAGAAGAAGACUGAUACCUCUAAGAGGACGGCCACCUCUGAGGCGGGUGAUGAAGAGGAGAAGGAGACGACGAAAGGUCAAUCGAGCGUGACAAAGGACGAAGAAGCCGCCUUUGACACUUUCGGCAACAAGACAGCGGCUAGCACGACGGCGACUCAGGAGGCAGUCGCAGCCUUCGCUUUAGGCACCAGCCUUCCCCCGUCAUCCCACGCCCAGACCUCACCACUACGUGCAGGGCCCACGCGCACCUUUCCCUGGUCCAAUGCCCCACCCAACGCCUCGACUCUCCAGCAUACGCCAACGGACCUCACGCCAAACCGUCGAGCAGACCGGUACGGCAUGCCCGCUGAUCUUCUCAUGUCCAGCCCGAAUACAGCGCUCGAUCGGCUUUUAAGGGAACCCUUCAAUCUAGACUUUUCAUCAGUCGCCGGGGUGACGCAAAGCUCGCCCAUUCGACGCUCACCGCGCAAGAACCCGCAUGGGACGAGAGAUCAGCGCAAUCCAUAUGCAACGACUGCGGCAGGAGGUGCAGUGGGAACACCAAGCAUGGUGCUCACUACGAGCGCGACAGGUAGCCCAAGCCGAGCUGAUGUGACGGGGGGCAACGACGUUUUGGACAUGGACUUCUUCAGCGCCUUUACCAAUUUCAAGUCUCCCUCCUCUGUCCUGUCCUCCUCAGAGCCGACAAGCAAGAAGCCCAGCCCUUCUUCGCAGUCAUCCUCACAAGACGCAGACGCAACAGAGCGUCGCCGCUCCUUACGCGCAGGUGGGGCGGCAGGGGGGCCAAGCUCUGGGGCAAUGACGUCGUCCCUUACAUCGCCUGCUUCGCCUAGCCCUGCUUCAAACAAGAGGCUGCGUGCGGCUAAUAACGCGCUGCUGCACUCUAGUUCUCCACUGAGCGCCAGAGCUCGUGGGCUUGACAACAAUGACGAUGACGACGAUGAGGAGGAAGAAGACGUUGGUGACUCGCCUAGUCGCGCAAAGUCCCAGCGUCUCCAAGCCGGAAGCAGUAGCAGCAUCAGUGCUCCCAUCUGCCCUGCUAGCCCUUCAUUGGGCCAGAGACGUAAGCGCGACAUCACUGGGCCAUCUGCGCCCGUUGCUCCGGCAUCAGCCUCAUCACCGGCAGGCAUCCUCACCAAAGGUCCGAGCCCCGCGCCGAACAAGAGGGGGAGCUCGGUCACGCCGCGUAAACAGCCCCAAGCUGGCGCUGCCGAUGGAGACAACGUUUUCGCUCUUCCAGCGAGCCGACAGCCCUCCCAAUCGCCUGCGAUGAGAAAGAAGAUCACUUCGCAAUCUCCGCGCAACACCACCAGCAGCAAUCAACUCGUGGUACCCGGCAGUGCAAGUGGAGGGCGACGCAAGCCUCUUCCCGCCACAGUGGAAGAUGCGCCUCCAUCUUCUGCGGGGUCAUCACCCGUGGACCAGGAUGACGAGGAAGAGGGAGAGGAUCAGUACGCCCUCAGCCCCUACGACCAAGCCUCCGUCAGCGACCUUCUCCAAAUGUUCGACGAUCCAUACGGCAUUCUGGCCGCCAAUGGGAUCGGCCUGCCGCUCAAUCAGUCUACCAGCACGACGAUGCCCAACGGAACGGUCGCGACGAAUGGGGGUGGCUCGAUGAGCGUCAACCAGUUCGACAGCAUUCAGCUGCACGAUCGUCAAGCGUUUCCGCAGCAUCUGAGAGCCUUCACGGAGGAAGGGGCAAAGGGGGUCGCGGCGCUGGCUGUUGAUGGGUGGCAGGCCGCAGCGAACAGCUCUCAGCAGUCUGCCGUAACGCCCAAAGAGGAGGGAGAGAAGAAGACGACACCGACGAAGAAGGAUGGUGGCAAGGCAGUGCCUGCUACUCCGACUAGGAGCUCACCGCGCUUCCACACUACUCCUGGCGGCAGGCAGAGGCCAGCUCAUCCACCUCGCACUCCCUCCGCUUCCGGUCAAGCAGGCUCCUCUUCAUCCAAGCCCACCGCUUCGGGCCCACCACGCACUCCUCUCUCGAAGCUCUCCAACCUCAGCCCCGGCUCUCUCGCCGCUCUUUCCCGCAGCCCGGCGUUGCAGAAGGCCCUAGUCAGCCAUGUCGCCUCCGGCUCCGGCUCGACACCGAGCAGUGGAGGGGGCACGCUGGAUUUCAAUGCCUUGUUCGGCUCAGGAGUUGGAGGGCUGGGCAGCCUGAGUCCCCUCUUCGCCACUCCGCGUGGUGCUGGCAAGGGCACAGGGAUGUCAAUGGGCCUCCCACCGCUCAGUCCCAGUCUGUCAAGGGUCUUGAGCCAGUAUGGCGAAUCUGCUUCCUCCGCGACUCAAGAGCAAGGGGAGGAGCAGAAUCGAGACGGAGCACAGGGGAACGAGCUUGCUCUUGUACCGGGCAACGCAGGUGCGCAAGGGCAGCCGGAGAUUACUGCUGCGGACCUGCAGCAGCUCUUUGGAGAUGAUCCGGCUUGGGUUGGGUGGUUGGGCGCGAUGAGUGGAAAUGGUGGCGAUGGGCAGGGACAGGGACAGGAGCAAGGCAAGGAGGCUGCCACGACGUCUUCCUGAGUGGUCACGUAGAUAUGAAGUGGUGGGAGAUCAGGCUGCUUGAUGCUGCCCAAUUGCAAUCAUUCACACCGAUCAAUCAUGAUUGCUAGC